CUGGAUCUGUGCUACAUUUCUGUGACAGUCCCAAGGUCCAUUUGCAACUCUUUCAUGCAUAAUGGCUAUAUUUCCCUCUGGGAAUGCAUAUUGCAGUGUUUUGCAUUCACUCUCUGUGGCUGUGCUGAGAUGGCAUUACUCACAGUGAUGUCUUAYGACCGCUAUGUGGCCAUUUGCCUUCCACUGCGCUAUGAAGUCAUCAUGGAUAUCAGUACCUGUGUUCAUGGACUGUUAGCUGUCUGGGCCAGUGGAAUCCUUGGUGGAGUCAUGCACACAGCCGCUACUUUCUCCAUCCACUUCUGUGGUGCCAACAUCAUUCAUCAAUUCUUCUGUGAUGUCCCCCAGCUUCUGAAACUCUCUUGUUCCAAUGAAUAUGUGAGUGAGCUUGGGGUUAGUGGCUUCUUGGCCUUGUUGACAUUUGCUUGCUUCAUCUCUAUUGGAGUUACCUACAUGCAUAUAUUCUCUACUGUGCUGAGGAUACCAUCUGCUGAGGGCAGAGCCAGAGCCUUUUCUACCUGCCUGCCCCACCUAUCUGUUGUCAUAUUAUUCGUCUCUACUAGUGCCUUUGAUUUUCUAAAGCCACAUUCAGAGUCUCCAACUGUGUCAGACUUUUUACUCACUGUUUUUUAUACUGUUCUGCCCCCAACACUCAAUCCAAUAAUCUAUAGCCUGAGAAAUAAGGCCAUAAAGGAAGCCCUAAAAAAGAUUUUUGAAAGAAGAAAAGACUUCUUUUUCUGGAUCACAUCUAUUAAUUUGUUUUGA